UUGGCCAAACACAUCACGCGUACUCGUGGCUGUCGUAUCAGCUGGAUUACUCCUCUCGGGCUUCCUGUCGUUCAGCCUUAUGUCAAGCAAUCCGAGAUUGACUUUGACCUCUGGAGCGGCUCAAACACUCCCAAAGAGGAGUGGGUCGCCGCGUUGACUCGAGCUGCAAGGCGUAUUGAGCGCCAAUAUCGAUCCACCAGCUCCUUCAGCUCUCGAGACUCCCUCGUUGGUCUGCCUCCACCGAACCCGGUCAAACAGCGCAACGCCUUCCCCCCCAACUUCAUCCACUCUCUCGACUCCUGUCACAUGAUGUUGACGGCUCUGCAUUGUCUUCGAGAGGGCAUUAUGUUUGCCUCGGUUCAUGACUGCUUCUGGACGCAUGCAGCUUCUGUGGAUGCUCUCAAUAGGGUAAGCGCACAAAGUGCUGAGCUGCAGUACCACAGCCUUCCUUUUACACGCAUGCGCAAAGGCCUACGCGUGCUUCAUCUAAAGUAA